AUGGGCGCCGCCGCCGCCGCCGCCGCCGGCCGGAGCGCCCACCUGGGGCCCGCGCCCGCCGGCCGGCCGCCGCCGCGCGCCCUGCUCCUGCUGCCGCUGCUGCUGCCGCUGCUCGCCGCCACCGCCCCGGGGGCGGCGCAGGCCCCGGCCGCCGGCUUCCCCGAGCUGUGCAGUUAUCUAUGGGAGGCUGUUGAUACGCAGAACAGCCGGGUGUAUAAAAUCAAGCUCUGUGGAGAUGUGGAGAUUGUCGGGUGUGAGCCAUCAAGUGCUGUUUGUAUGUUCGACUUGAAAACACGCAAGUAUUAUUCAGUCGGAGACUCUUUUUUGAAAAGCACGAGCAGAUCCCUCCUGGAGUUCAACACGACCACGGCCUGCCAGCACGCAGGCCCGGGGCACCAAGUGCAGAGCACCAUCACCUUCCUGUGUGGAAAGACACUGGGUACUCCUGAAUUUGUAACUGCAACAGAAUGUGUGCAUUACUUUGAGUGGAGGACUACUGCGGCCUGCAAGAAGGACACAUUUAAAGCUAAAAAAGAGGUUCCAUGCUAUGCAUUCGACGCUGAGUUGAAGAAACACGAUUUAAACCCUCUGAUCAAGCUGAGCGGAGGCUACCUGGUGGAUGACUCUGAUCCCGACACUUCCCUGUUCAUCAACGUGUGUAGAGACAUAGACUCCCUCCGGGGCUCGAGCCCACAGCUGCGUGCCUGUCCUACUGGUGCUGCUGCCUGCCUGCUGAGAGGAAAUGAGGGGUUUGACGUGGGCCAGCCCAAGGAUGGGCUGAAGCUGGUGAGCAAGGACAGGCUUGUCCUGAGCUAUGUAAGGGAAGAGCCAGGGCAGCUGGACUUCUGUGAUGGCCACAGCCCCGCGGUGACGAUCACGUUUGUGUGCCCGUCUGAGCGGAGGGAGGGCACCAUUCCCAAGCUCACUGCCAAGUCCAAUUGCCGCUACGAGGUUGAGUGGAUCACCGAGUACGCCUGCCACCGAGACUACCUGGAGAGCGGAACCUGCCUCCUGAACAGCGAGCAGCACGACAUCGCCAUCGACCUCAGACCCCUUGCCCAGCAGACCGGGUACUAUGUUGCGGAUGGAAAAGAAUACACAUUUUACAUGAGUGUGUGUGGAAACGCUGACGUCCAGAUCUGCAAUAACAAAGAGGCUGCAGUUUGCCAAGUGAAGAAGACUGAUUCUACUCAAGUCAAAAUAUCAGGAAGACACCAGAACCAGACCCUCCGGUACUCAGAUGGAGACCUCACCUUGAUAUAUUUUGGAGGUGAUGAAUGCAGCUCUGGCUUUCAGCGGAUGAGUGUCAUAAACUUCGAGUGCAAUAAGACUGCAGGUAAUGAAGGGAGAGGAGGACCUGUAUUCACAGGGGAGGUAGACUGCACCUACUUCUUCACGUGGGACACGAAGUACGCCUGUGUCAAAGAGAAGGAAGACCUCCUCUGCGGUGCCAGUGACGGGAAGAAGCGCUAUGACCUGUCUGUGCUGGCCCGCCACUCAGAAUCAGAGCAGAACUGGGAGGCUGUGGAUGGAAGCCAGACAGAAACAGAAAAGAAGUAUUUUUUCAUUAAUGUCUGUCACCGAGUGCUGCAGGAGGGCAAGGCCAGAAGCUGUCCCGAGGAUGCGGCAGUGUGCGCCGUGGAUAAGACUGGAAGUAAAAACCUGGGAAAAUUUGUCUCUUCUCCUACAAAAGAGAAAGGAAACAUGCGGCUCUCUUAUUCAGAUGGUGAUGAGUGUGCUGAUGGCAAAAAAAUAACAACCAACAUCACGCUUGUGUGCAAGCCAGGUGAUCUAGAAAGUGCUCCAGUGUUGAGGACUUCGGAGGAUAGUGGUUGCUUUUACGAGUUCGAGUGGUACACCGCUGCUGCCUGUGUACGGUCGAAGACAGAAGGCGAGAACUGCACGGUUGUGGAUGCCCAGGCAGGGUUUUCUUUUGAUUUGUCACCUCUCACAAAGAAAAAUGGUGCCUACAGAGUUGACACAGAGAAAUACGACUUCUAUAUAAAUGUUUGUGGUGCGGUGUCUGAGGAGUCAUGUCAGGCAGACUCUGGGGCCUGCCAGGUGGCCAAAAGUGAUAGGAAAUCUUGGAACUUGGGGCUGAGCAAUGCGAAGCUUUCGUACUAUGAUGGGAUGAUCCAGUUGAACUACAGGGAUGGCACCCCCUAUAACAACGAAAAGCACACACCGAGAGCCACGCUCAUCACUUUCCUUUGUGACCGCGAUGCUGGAGUGGGCUUUCCCGAAUAUCAGGAAGAGGAUAACUCUACCUACAACUUCCGGUGGUAUACCAGUUAUGCCUGCCCGGAGGAGCCCCUGGAGUGUGUGGUGACUGACCCAUCCACUAUGGAGCAAUAUGAUCUCUCCAGUCUCGUGAAAUCUGAAGGCAGCCAUGGAGGGAACUGGUAUGCCAUGGACAACGCCCGGGAACAUGUCACAUGGAGGAAGUAUUACAUCAACGUGUGUCGGCCCCUCAAUCCUGUCCGGGGCUGUGACCGAUAUGCGUCAGCUUGCCAGAUGAAGUACGAAAACGAUCAGGGCUCCUUGACUGAAGUUGUGUCCAUCAGUAACUUGGGAGUUGCAAAGACAGGCCCUGUGGUGGAAGAGAGCGGCAGCCUUCUCUUGGAGUACGUAAAUGGCUCGGCCUGCACCACCAGCGAUGGUCAGCUGACCACCUACAGCACCCGGAUCCAUCUUGUCUGUGGCCGAGGAAGCCUGAACACCCACCCCAUAUUCACUUUCAACUGGGAGUGCGUGGUCAGUUUCCUGUGGAACACGGAGGCUGCCUGCCCCAUCCAGAUGAUUACAGACACAGACCAGGCUUGUUCUAUAAGGGACCCCAACAGUGGAUUCGUGUUUAAUCUUAACCCACUCAACAGUUCCCAAGGAUAUGUGGUCUCGGGCAUUGGGAAGACCUUUGUGUUCAACAUCUGCGGCACGGUGCCUGCCUGCGGGACCGUUGGUGGAAAGCCAGCCUUUGGCUGUGAGGCUGAAUCCCAGACAGAAGACCUGAAGAACCUGAAGCCAGACAGGCCAGUUGGGUUUGAGAAAAGUCUCCAGCUGUCCACUGAGGGUUUCCUAACUCUCACCUACAAAGGCUCUUCCCCCCAUGACAGAGGCACUGCUUUCAUCAUUCGCUUCAUUUGCAAUGACGACAAAUACCCGGGAACCGCCAAAUUCCUGCACCAGGACAUUGACUCUGCCCGCGGCAUCCGGAACACCUACUUUGAGUUUGAAACUGCCUUGGCCUGUGUUCCUUCGCUAGUGGAUUGCCAAGUCACCGACCAAGCUGGAAAUGAGUAUGACCUGAGUGCCUUAAGCACAGUCCAGAAGCCGUGGACUGCUGUGGACACAUCGGCCGAUGGGAAGAAGCGCACUUUCUACCUGAGUGUCUGCAACCCUCUCCCUUACAUUCCAGGCUGCCGUGGCAGUGCAGUGGGGUCUUGCUUAGUGUCAGAAGACAACAGCUGGAACCUGGGUGUUGUGCAGAUCAGUCCACAGGUUGCCGCCAACGGGUCAUUGAGUAUCCUGUACGUCAAUGGUGACAAGUGUGGGAACCAGCGCUAUUCCACCAGGAUCAUAUUUGAAUGUGCUCAGACGUGGGGAUCACCCACAUUCCAGCUCCUGGAUGACUGCGAGUACGUGUUUGUCUGGAGAACGGUGGAGGCCUGUCCUGUGGUCAGAGAGGAAGGAGACGAUUGUCAGGUGAAGGACCCCAGGCAUGGGAAUCUAUAUAACCUGAAGCCUCUGGGGCUCCGCGACACGAUUGUGAGCGCCGGCGAGUAUACCUACUACUUCCGGGUCUGCGGGAAGCUGACCUCCAGCGUCUGCACUACCCAUGACAGGGCCAAGGUGGUCUCCUCCUGCCAGGAAAAGCAGGGACAACAGGGCUUCCAGAAAGUGGCAGGUCUCUUCACUCAGAAGCUCACUUACGAAAACGGACUGUUGAAAAUGAACUUCACUGGCGGGGACACGUGCCACCAGGUGUAUCAGCGCUCCACCACCAUCUUCUUCUACUGUGACCGGACGACACAGAAGCCGGUGUUUCUGAAGGAGACGUCAGACUGCUCCUACUUGUUUGAGUGGCGGACGCAGUACGCCUGCCCGCCCUUCAACGUGACCGAGUGCUCCUUCAAGGAUGCGGCCGGCAACUCCUUCGAUCUCUCCCCGCUGUCGAGGUACAGUGACAACUGGGAGGCAGUGGUGCGGACCGGGGCCACCGAGCACUACCUCAUCAACGUGUGCAAGUCGCUGGCGCCGCAGGCCGCGGGCUCUGAGCCAUGCGCUCCGGAGGCGGCCGUGUGUCUGCUGGACGGCUCCACGCCCGUGAACCUCGGCAGGGUGGCGAACGGCCCUCAGCAGCACGAUGGGCUCACCAUUCUGAAGUACACGGACGGCGACUUGUGUCCAGACAAGAUCCGGAGAAAGUCAACCACUAUCCGGUUCACCUGCAGCGAGAGCCAAGUGAACUCCAGGCCGCUGUUCGUCAGCGCUGUGCAGGACUGCGAGUACACCUUCUCCUGGCCCACGGCCGUGGCCUGUCCUGUGAAGAGCAACGUGCACGGCGACUGCCAGGUCACCAAUCCCAGCACAGGACACCUGUUCGACUUGAGUUCCUUAAGUGGCAGAGCUGGCUUCACAGCCGCGUACAGCGAGAAGGGGCUCGUCUACAUGAGCAUCUGUGGGGACAAUGAGAACUGUGCUCCGGGCGUGGGAGCCUGCUUUGGACAGACCAGGAUCAGUGUGGGCAAGGCCAGCACAAGGCUGAGCUAUGUGGACCAGGUCUUACAGCUGGUGUAUGAGGACGGGUCCCCGUGCCCCUCGAAAUCUGGCCUGAGCUAUAAGAGUGUCAUCAGCUUCGUGUGCAGGCCUGAGGCCGGGCCCACCAACAGGCCCAUGCUCAUCUCACUGGACAAGCAGACGUGCACACUCUUCUUCUCCUGGCACACGCCCUUGGCCUGCGAGCAAGCCAUCGAAUGUUCCGUGAGGAAUGGAAGCUCAAUUAUUGACCUGUCCCCUCUCAUCCACCGCACGGGUGGUUACGAAGCCUACGACGAGAGUGAGGAUGGUGACUCCGACACCAACCCUGACUUCUACAUCAACAUCUGCCAGCCGCUGAACCCCAUGCACGGGGUGCCCUGCCCCGCCGGCUCCGCCGUGUGCAAAGUGCCCGUCAGCGGGCCGCCUCUGGACAUUGGCCGGGUGACAGGCCCUCCGAUACUCAACCCUGUAGCGAAUGAGAUCUACCUGAACUUUGAAAGCAGUACUCCUUGCUUAGCUGACAAGCAUUUCAACUACACCUCACUCAUCGCGUUUCACUGCAAGAGAGGCAUCAGCAUGGGAACUCCUAAGCUGAUAAGGACCAGUGAGUGUGACUUUGUGUUUGAAUGGGAGACUCCAAUCGUCUGUCCAGAUGAAGUCAAGAUGGACGGCUGCUCCCUCACGGAUGAGCAGCUGCUCUAUAGCUUCAACUUGUCAAGCCUUUCCAAGAGCACGUUCAAGGUGACCCGAGACUCCCGCACGUACAGCGUGGGGGUGUGCGCCGCGGCCGCUGGCCCCGAACAAGGCGGCUGCAAGGACGGUGGAGUGUGUCUGCUGUCUGGGAGCAAGGGUGCGUCCUUUGGACGGCUGGCGUCAAUGCAGCUGGAUUACAGGCACCAGGACGAAGCUGUCAUUCUGAGCUAUGUGAACGGUGAUGCUUGCCCUCCAGAAACGGACGAAGGUGAGCCCUGCGUCUUCCCCUUCAUAUUCAACAAGAAGAGCUACGAGGAGUGUGUGCUGGAGAGUCGGGCAAAGCUCUGGUGCAGCACGACUGCAAACUACGACCGGGACCUGGAGUGGGGCUUCUGCAGGCCCACCAACAGCCACCGGACGUCCGCCAUCAUAUUCAGAUGUGAUGAGAACGAGGACGUUGGGAGGCCCCAGGUGUUGAGUGAAGUCCGCGGGUGCGAGGUGACAUUCGAGUGGAGGACGAAGGUGGUCUGUCCCCCGAAGAAGAUGGAGUGCAAGUUUGUCCACCAGCACAAAACCUAUGACUUGCGGCUGCUCUCCUCACUCACGGGGUCCUGGUACUUCGUUCACGAAGGAGCCUCGUACUUCAUCAAUUUGUGCCAGAAAGUUUACAAAGGGCCCCUGGGCUGCUCUGAGAGAGCCAGCAUUUGCAAGAAGAGCGCCUCUGGCCAAGUCCAGGUCCUGGGACUGGUGCACACACAAAAACUGGACGUUGUGGAUGACAAAGUCGUCGUUACCUAUUCCAAAGGCUAUGCGUGCGGUGAGAACAAGACUGCAUCCUCUGUCAUAGAGCUGACCUGUGCCAAGACGGUGGGCAGGCCUGCGUUCAAGAGAUUUGACAUCGACAGCUGCACCUACUACUUCCGCUGGGACUCGCGGGCCGCCUGCGCCGUGCGGCCUCAGGAGGUGCACAUGGUGAACGGGACCCUCACCAACCCUGUGAACGGCAAGAGCUUCAGCCUCGGGGACAUCUAUUUUAAGCUGUUCAGUGCCUCUGGUGACAUGAGAACCAAUGGCGACAACUACCUGUACGAAAUCCAGCUGUCCUCCAUCACCAGCUCCACGAACCCCGCGUGCUCCGGAGCCAACAUCUGCCAAGUGAAGCCCAGUGACCAGCACUUCAGCAGGAAAGUGGGCAUGGCUGACAGGACGAAAUACUACGUGCAAGAUGGCGACCUGGACGUCGUGUUUGCCUCUUCCUCCAAGUGUGGGAAAGAUAAGACCAAGUCUGUCUCUUCCACCAUCUUCUUCCACUGCGACCCUCUGGUGAAGGACGGCAUCCCCGAGUUCAGCCACGAGACCGCUGACUGCCAGUACCUCUUCUCCUGGUACACUGCAGCCGUGUGUCCUCUUGGGGUGGGCUUUGACAGCGAGAGUGCUGGACUGGACAGGCCGGAGUACAAGGGGCUCUCAGAGCGGAGCCAGGCCGUGGGAGCCAUCCUCAGCCUGCUCCUGGCGGCCCUGACGGGCUGCCUGCUGGCCCUGCUGCUUCACAAGAAGGAAAGGAGGGAAACUGUGAUAAAUAAGCUGAUGAACUGCUGCCGAAGAAGCUCUAGCGUGUCCUACAAAUACUCAAAGGUGAACAAGGAAGAGGAGACAGAUGAGAACGAGACAGAGUGGCUGAUGGAGGAGAUCCAGCUGCCGGCUCCCGGGCUGGGGAGGGAAGGGCAGGAGAACGGGCACAUCACCACCAAGUCUGUGAAGGCCGAGGCGCUCACAUCCCUGCACGGGGACGACCAGGACAGCGAGGACGAGGUCCUGACCAUCCCAGAGGUGAAAGUUCACUCGGGCAGAGAAAGCUCCCAGCCCAGGAGAAACCCACCACGCAAGGCCCUGCGGGAAAGGGAGGACGAUCGGGUGGGGCUGGUCCAGAGCGAGAGGGCCAGGAAAGGGAGGCCCAGGCCUGGACAGCAGAAGACGGCGGGCUCGUCCAAGCUGGUCUCCUUCCACGACGACAGCGACGAGGAUCUCCUACACAUCUAACCCGGUGCCUACAGGAGAGCACGAGCCGAGCGGCAGCCAAGCACCUCCAACCAAAUAAGACUUCAGCUCGAUGAUGCUUCUAGAAUUUUGCCUUUAACAAAAACUGCUUCAAAAGGGAAGAGUUUUUGUGCGCGGGGGUGGGGGGGUGGAGGCGAGCAGGCGCCGCUCCUUCGAGAUUGUUUACAUCGUUGGAACGCGGCCUGCUCGAAUUGGCCAAAGGGCGGUGCCUCGUGCCCAGGGUUUGCCCGAGUCCUCGUCUACAACCUCGCUGCUGCGCACUCCUGAGAGUGCCAGGCCCGUGCAUCUCAGAACAGAGGGCUGUGUUUGAAAAACCCUUGCUGCUUUAGACCCUCUAGGGUGUUUGACCAUUUAUAUGUUAGCAUUUUAAGUCUCUCCCCCUAUUUAUUGACUUUGACAAUUACUCAGGUUUGCGAAGAAAAAAAAACCCCGCCAGUUUGUGGUGGCAGAGGCACAGCGCGGGGGCCGGGGAGGGGGCUGCCUGCGUGCCGGCCGGGGCCGGGGCCGGGGCUCGUGGGACUGGAGCUGGUCCAGGUUGGCAGACUGCUUAACGUUUCCAGGCCAGGCGGGCUUGUCUGCUCCUGGCCUCCGGCAGGGAGAACUGGCUUCGGUUGUCUCUCUGCUGGCACCUGCAGUCCAGGCGGCCGCAUUGCCUUUCUCCAGCUGGGGAAUUCGAACAGCCCACCCAAAGAUGAGAUUCCUUGGUGCGCGGGAGUGGAAUUGGGUGUCAGAAGAAAUGACUGCUUUCUAGGUUUGGACUGUAGGUCUCGUUGGUUCAGGUUCUCAUCAUACCACCUUUACUGUGCUUAUUUUUUUAAGAAAAAAAAAAACAAAAACAGUGUUUAUCAACCAUUUGACCUAUAAGAAGCCUUAAUUUGCACAGUGUGCGACUUACAGAGAUUGUGAGAUGCAGGGUGGGGGACGGAGGGCAGGCCUGGCUUCUUCCACUGGCUGUGCACUCCUUUCUCCAAGUGUUUAGUGAGUGGCUGGCGUCGCGUUGUAGAAUUGUACAUAGGCGCAGUGGCAUUCCCGUACUGAAAAGCCAACUCCCGGCAGAGUUCUUUGGUUUGUGCCUGAUUUGGCUGGCUUAUUUGAUUUCCACAUAAGUGUAUUUUUUAAAAUUGAUUUUUCUCUUCAUUUCUUUUCCAAUCAACUUUACUGUAAUAUAAAGUAUUCGACAAUUUCAAUAAAAGAUAAAUUAUUAA